UUCCCCAGCUUCAGUAGGCAGUAGACAGUCUCAGCCACGGCCCGCAGAAACAAGAAAAAGUGCCAUUAUACACGCUGUGAACAUCUGUGAUAUUAUUUAUAGUGAUUCAAAAUGCAACCGCGAAUUUUAACGUUAUUGAUAUUGGCAUUCGGAUGUUUCUACUCGGGUGAAUGUCAAUCACUAUCGUGUCCAAAGGUACGGACGACCAGUGGUUGGUUGGACCUGUUCCCCAUACCUUGCAGAAAAAGUACAGAAUGUACACUUAUGGGAACGCAACACCUGUGCUGUAAAGGAUUCUGCACCAAGGGAGUUGUAGCUCAGGAAAUACGAACCACUGAGGCGAGUAGUAGUGUAGACGAGCCAAGUAGUAGCGUAGUCGAGCCUAGUACAAGCACAAGCCCCAGCACCAGCACCACCAGCACUACAACAAGCACAACUACGAGUAGUACUACAACAACUACAACAACCCCAAGUACAACCACCAGCACGACGACCACGACCACGACCACGACGACCACGCCGAAGCCGACGACUACGACGACCACGGAACCCCCGCGACCCUUCCUGCAACUGCUGCCCAUACAACUUGCGCCGACAGCAGCGCCGGCGAAAAUAGGAAAGACACAAAAACUGGCGUGUCCAAAGAACCCUGCAGGAGGGUUGUUCCCGAUACCGUGUGAGUCGAAUGCUCAAUGCCGCGCCAGUAGUGGACCCGGCCAGGUUUGCUGUAAAGGUCAGUGUGUGAAAGGAGUGCCCGCGCCGCGACCCGUGUCUGAAGAAUCACAUCAACCUAUUCUUGGUGUAAUCCCUCGCGAGUGUCCCACGGCACCACUGGGUGAGCUUCUCUUCGAAGUGCAGACAUGCAAGACGGACUCGGACUGCUGGCCUCGCGUCUGCUGUCCUGACGGCACACGCUCCUACUGCCGCACAGCACGCGCCAGGCUCGACCUCGUGCCAGUCGCCAACCGGAUAGAAGCACCUGUCCGAAUGCUGGAGUCAUACCUGCAGUGCACAGCUCCGCCGAAGUUCGACUCGUUCCCGCAGCGCUGCAGCUCGAGUAUCGACUGCUUCCCCAACCUGUGUUGCGCAGAGGGCGGCAAGAAGCACUGCCGGCCGCCGCAGCGCAGUCUCUUUGCCUUGCUCGCUGGUGCCGCAGCGAGACUAGGCUGAUUGAUCAACUGGAUUAAGGAGAAAAUACAUACCUAGUUCUAGAAAAUGUAAAUAGCUAAAUGAUAGCAGU